AUGGGCCGCCCACUCUUUUCCAACCACCAGCAGACCCCCGCUGUGCGCGUCGAGCCCGAGCAGCCGCAGCCGACUGCGAAAAAUGGACACUCGGACGAGUUCUUUGAGCGCAGCGACGCCGUCUACGAGGCGUUCAUGCCCCAGGAUGGCACGGCGCUCCCCCAGCCGCCCCCGCUGAUCGAGGUGCCCCCGUCCAGCAGCUCGAGCGAGGCGAGCUCGAGUGGCCGUGGAAGCCCUACCGAGGAGGCACGGAGGGACUUAUCAUCCGAAGAGAUUGACCUGGCGCUGAGGAGAGAGGCGGACUUAAUCAGGCUCAGUGCGACCAGGGAGGACGAGAUACAGAGGCGAGUUCGCGAGGCCAGGGAGACCUUCACAGAUACGCGCUCGCCCGGUCCUACUGUGCCCACCGAUACGGACCCUCAGCGCGUUCUCCGCUACGUCCAGGGCCUCGACAGCAUCUCACGCCAAAGCCAGGAAGCCACGCAGAUUAUCCGCGGGCUCCUUCCGUCCGCGGACCCCGCAGAGCGCGCAGCCGCUCGUCGAUUCGAAGAGUACAUGGCGCACCGCAACGAGCCCAUCGACGCCCAACCGAGGAGAGCAGACUCUUCCGCCCCGAGCGCUCGCACGAGGUCUCGCCCGAACGUGCGCCACGUGCCGGACCGUGGCUACAACCACUUCCCUGACGCGCCGCGCGUUGACCUCAGCUCCUGGAUCGUUUCGUGA